AUGGAGUCAACCAUAAUUCCUGAGUUUGCUGCUAGGGUAUCAUGGAAAGUCAAUCUGUCAAACAUUGACACCAAGUUUGCUACAAUGGAUCUAAUGGAAAGAACAAGAGACCUUUACUCAAGAUUUGUGUCCUACUCUGAUAAGGAAGAUGCAUGGAAGUUGGGGCUCGUAUUCCUAGUUUACCAUUAUCUCUUUUCCCUUAACCUAAGGAGAAUAAUAAAUAUCAAACUCUUCCGCAUGGUCGAGGACAUCGACAAUUUCCUCCAAUUUCCAUUGGAAAAGUUGUCCUUCAAAGCAAUCCUAAAGGGUUUGAACAGGGACCUAGAACACUUCAAGUCGGUAUAUCUGGACAAGAAGAAAGCCAAUGGGAAGAAGGAAGACAAAAAUGUUGAUGUUUCUUAUACAGUAUUUGGGUUCGCACUAGCCUUCCAAAUGCGGACCUAUGAGAUUAUGAAAACGUUUGGCCCCUCUGAUCUUCACACUGCCUUGCAAGGAAAGGUUGUCAAGAAAAUGGAAAUGUAUGAAGAGGAGAAGAUCUUAUAUGGAGGGGAGGAGUUUGAAGAUAUGGGAGAUAAUUUUGUUCAAGCUUUUUGUCUAAUUUUUUCUAAUGUGCGGGAUAAGAUUGAGGAGGAAGAUGUGGAUGUAUUUAUGGAGAAGAAUAAUAAGAAUGUGAAGGUGAAGAAGAAGAAGAACAAAAAGAAGAAGGUGGUGGAGAAGGAUGAGGAAGACAAAGAGAAGAUUGAGGAAGAUAAGGAUGAGAAUUUGUUGGAAGACAAGGAUGUGGAGAAGGUGAAUGAAGGAGACAAGGAUGAGGAUUUGUUGGAAGAUAAGGAUGAGGAUGUGGAUAAGGUGAAUGGAGAAGACAAGGAUGAGGAUGUGGAGAAGGUGAAUGGGGAAGACAAGGAUGAGGAUAUGUUAGAGGAGAAGGAUGAAGAUCUGGUGAAGGAGGAAGAUGUGGAGAAGGUGAAUGUGUUGGAGGAGAAGGAUGAGGAUCUUGUGAAGGAGGAAAAUGUGGAGAAGGUGAAUGUGUUGGAGGAGAAGGAUGAGGAUAUGGUUAAUGAGGAAGAUUUGGAGAAGGUGAAUGUGUUGAUUGAGAAUCUGGUGAAGAAGGUUGAUGAUGUGGAGAAGGUGAAUGAGAAGAUUAACGAAGAUAUGGAUGUGGAUUUAUUUAUGGAGAAGGAUGAGGACAAGAUUAAGGAUCUGGUGAAGAAGAUUGAUGAUGUGGAGAAGGUAAAUGAGAAGGUGGAGGAAGAUGUGAUGAAUCAGAAGAUUGAGGAAGAUGUGAUGAAUGAGAAGAUUGAGCUAUAUACAAUUCACAUUCACGCUUUUUGUAUUGGUUUACGCAUUUUGUCUAAUUUUUUGUACAAUUCAUAUAAGAUUGAUGAUGUGGAGAAGUUGAAUGAGAAGAUUGAGGAUGUGGUGAAUGAGAAGGUGGAGGAAAAUGUGAUGAAUGAGAAGAUUGAGGAGAAGUUGAAUGAGGAUGUGGUGAAUGAGAAGGUGGAGGAAGAUAUGAUUAAUGAGAAGAUUGAGUUUGAUGAUGUGAAGAAGUUGAAUGAGAAGAUUGGGGAUGUGGUGAAUGAGAAAGUACAUGAAGAUGUGAUGAAUGGGAAGAUUGAGAUUGAUGAUGUGGAGAAGUUGAAUGAGAAGAUUGAGAAUGUGGUGAAGGUGAAUGAGAAGAUUGAGGAUGUGGUGAAGGAUGAAGAUGUGUUUGUGGAGAAGGAGGACAGAAAGAAUGUGGAGAAGAAGAAGGUGCAGAAGAAGGUGAAGAAUAAGAAGGUGGAGAAGAAGGAAGACAAGGAGGAGGAGGAUGUGUUUGUGGAGAAGGUGGAGAAGAAGAAUAUGGAGAAGAAGGAAGACAAGAAGGAGGAGGAUGUGUUUAUAAAGAAGGUGGAGAAGAAGAAGGAUUUGGAGAAGAAGGUAGAUAAGGAGGAUGAUGUGUUUGUAGAGAAGGUGGAAAUGAAGAAGGAAGACAAGGUGGAGGAUAAAGAGGAAAAGAAGAUGGAUUUGGAGAAGAAUGACAACCAAGAGGUGGAGGAGGAUGUGGUAGAAGUCAAGGAUACUGUAGUCCAAUAUAAGAGAAAGAGAACUGCUGAAAAAGUUGACGAAUUUGAUGAGGAAAAAAAUGAAUUUAAAAUGGUGGAUGUCAAUACUGGCUCUGCAGGUUAUGAAUUCUUCAAUACAAUGCUGAGGAAAUCUAAGUAG